CAGACACUUGCCCGAGGUCACAGAGCUAAUCUCACCUCCCACUCCCUCCGCCUCCUCCCUGCACCAUGGCUCCAGGCCCUUUCUCCUCGGCGCUCCUCACGCUGCCUCCCGCUGCCCUGCCCUUUCUGCUGCUCCUCUGGGCGGGGGCGUCUCGAGGCCAGCCCUGCCCGGGCCGCUGCAUCUGCCAGAACGUGGCACCCACGCUGACCAUGCUGUGCGCCAAGACCGGCUUGCUCUUUGUGCCGCCAGCCAUCGACCGGCGCGUGGUGGAGCUGCGGCUCACCGACAACUUCAUCGCGGCCGUCCGCCGCCGCGACUUCGCCAACAUGACCAGCCUGGUGCACCUCACCCUCUCCCGGAACACCAUCGGCCAGGUGGCGGCCGGCGCCUUUGCAGACCUCCGCGCCCUCCGCGCGCUGCACCUCGACAGCAACCGCUUGGCCGAGGUCCGAGGCGACCAGCUCCGCGGCUUGGGCAACCUCCGCCACCUGAUUCUUGGCAACAACCAGAUCCGCCGAGUGGAGUCGGCCGCCUUCGACGCCUUCCUGUCCACCGUGGAGGACCUAGAUCUGUCCUACAACAACCUGGAGGCCCUGCCGUGGGAGGCCGUAGGCCAGAUGGUGAACCUGAACACCCUCACGCUGGACCACAACCUCAUCGACCACAUCGCCGAAGGCACCUUUGUGCAGCUCCACAAACUGGUUCGCUUGGACAUGACCUCCAACCGCCUGCAUAAACUGCCCCCCGACGGGCUCUUCCUGAGGUCCCAAGGCCCCGGACCUAAGCCGCCCACGCCGCUCACGGUCAGCUUCGGCGGCAACCCCCUGCACUGCAACUGCGAGCUGCUCUGGCUGCGGCGCCUGACGCGAGAGGACGACCUGGAGACGUGCGCCACCCCCGAGCACCUCACCGACCGCUACUUCUGGUCCAUCCCCGAGGAGGAGUUCCUGUGUGAACCUCCGCUGAUCACUCGGCAGGCGGGCGGCCGGGCCCUGGUGGUGGAGGGCCAGGCGGUCAGCCUGCGCUGCCGCGCCGUGGGUGACCCUGAGCCCGUGGUGCACUGGGUGGCACCCGAUGGGCGGUUGCUGGGGAACUCGAGCCGGACCCGGGUCCGGGGGGAUGGGACCCUAGACGUAACCAUCACCACCUUGCGGGACAGCGGCACCUUCACUUGCAUCGCCUCCAACGCCGCCGGGGAAGCCACAGCACCGGUGGAGGUGUGUGUGGUGCCUCUGCCUCUGAUGGCGCCCCCGCCAGCCGCCCCGCCACCUCUCACCGAGCCCGGCUCCUCGGACAUAGCCACGCCCGGCCGACCUGGGGCCAACGAAUCGGCGGUUGAGCGCCGGCUCGUGGCGGCAGAGCUCACCUCGAACUCAGUGCUCAUCCGCUGGCCAGCCCAGAGGCCCGUGCCUGGCAUCCGCAUGUACCAGGUCCAGUACAACAGCUCCGCAGAUGACUCCCUUGUCUACAGGAUGAUCCCAUCCACCAGCCAGACCUUCCUGGUGAAUGAUCUGGCAGCGGGCCGUGCCUACGACCUGUGCGUGCUGGCGGUCUACGACGACGGGGCCACGGCGCUGCCGGCCACACGAGUGGUGGGUUGCGUGCAGUUUACCACCGCGGGGGAUCCAGCGCCCUGCCGACCGCUGAGGGCCCAUUUCUUGGGCGGCACCAUGAUCAUCGCCAUCGGGGGCGUCAUUGUCGCGUCCGUCCUCGUUUUCAUCGUUCUGCUCAUGAUCCGCUACAAGGUUUACGGCGACGGGGAUGGCCGCCGCGUCAAGGGCACCUCCAGGUCGCCUCCCCGGGUCAGCCACGUGUGCUCGCAGACCAAUGGCGCAGGCGCAGCGCAGGCCCCGCCCCCGCAGGACCGUUAUGAGGCGCUGCGCGAGGUGGCUGCUCCAGCUGCUGCGGCCGUGGAGGUCGAGGCGAAGGCUACCGCAGUCGAGACGGCUUCCACGGAGCCAGAGGUGGCCCUUGGACGCUCCCUGGGCGGCUCGGCCACCUCACUGUUCCUGCUGCCGUCUGAGGAAACCUCUGGGGAGGAGUCCCGGGUCGCGGCGGGCCCCCGGAGGAGCCGUUCGGGGGCCUUGGGACCGCCCGCUUCGGCGCCCCCCACGUUAGCUCUGGUUCCUGGGGGAGCCCCGGCCCGGUCGAGGCCGCAGCAGCGCUACUCUUUCGAUGGGGACUACGGGGCGCUCUUCCAGAGCCACAGUUACCCGCGCCGCGCCCGGCGGACAAAGCGCCACCGGUCCACGCCUCACCUGGACGGGGCCGGAGGGGGCGCGGCCGGGGAGGACGGAGACCUGGGGUUGGGCUCCGCCAGGGCGCGCCUGGCCUUUACCAGCACUGAGUGGAUGCUGGAGAGUACCGUGUGAGCGGCGGGUGGGCGCCGGGACCUGGGUGCGGCGGACCAAUGCCCAGCCUCCCGGACGCGCCGGGGUAAGACUCGGAGAGAAUGCGCUGAGCCAUCAAGUCUGACUGGAGGGGAGACGCGCUCUUCUCCCUGGAGGGGGCGGGCUGCCUGGGCUGCGGCUCGAGGCCACGCCCCCGCGCCCCGGCGGUUUGAGGGCGGCCCGCGGGGCUCCGCCCCCCCACGGACUUUAAGCCCCACCUCCUGCCCCUCCCCCCGCGCGCUCGCGGACCUCGCUGGAGCCGGUGCCUUACACAGCGAAGCGCGGGGAGGGGCAGGGCCCCCCCGACACUGCAGCACUGAGACACGAGCCCCCUCCCCCCCGCCCGGGACCCGGGACCCGGGACCCGGGGCAGGGGCGAGGGGCCCAUUUCUUGUAUCUGGCUGGACUAGAUCCUAUCCUGUCCCGCGGCGGCCUCCAAAGCCCCCACCCCCACCCCAUUCAAUUCCCUGGUCCCGUCGGGUCUGGCUUGGGGUCCCCCUUUCUCGGUUCCCUUCGUUUGUCUCCGUCCUUCCCUCUAUCGUCUCUGUCUUCUGUCCUUCCCUCUUUGUCCCAAUUUUCUCUGUCCUGUCGUCCUCUCUUCUCCUUCUGCCGUCCUGUAUUUCGUCCAGUCUCCUUGUCUCUCCUGAUUCUCUUCCCAGUACCCAUUCUCCGGGGCAGGUCCCACUGGAAGGACCAGACUCCCCUAUUCCUCUUUCCCCCAAAUAAAUCCCCACAUGAACAAGAUCCAAAAACAAAUCCCCCUCCCUACCGGAGCCGGGACCCUCCGCCGCAGGAGAAUUAAACUUUUUUCUGUGUCUGAGGCCGCUCUGCUGA